UCUCUCGAGGCUCUGAGCUCUUAAGGCUUCCAGUUAGCCUUCAAAGAGCGCGGAAGUGAGAUGAAGAUGCGGCAACUUUGAUGGAAAAAAUGGAUACACCAGAUAAAACCCAGAUCACUCCAACUUCUGAUCUUUCCAAAUUUGAGGAUUCACCUGUCUUUAAGUAUAUUGACAGUCUUUCACCUAUUGAGCUAGCCAAGUCCAAGCAAACAGAUAAUGCUUUCAGUUCACUAGCAUUUUUGUCCCCUUCAUCUUUAUUUCCUUCCCCACAGAUCAGUAUUCAUAGGGAAUCCCGUUUUUUGGUUAAAAGGCAUCAUUUCUUGUCACCUUCAAAUUCGAAAGCCCCCCAGAGAGGUCAUGAAUCUAAUGCUAGUAAGGGGGCCUCAAAAGCUGAUGAACGGUCUAACUUGUAUGAUGAACAUCUGGGAUGUCUCAAGAAUGACUGUUUAUCCAAAAGAACUAGCAGUGAUCUACUCAAUGUCCAACCGGAUUUAGCAACAGAGUUUCCUAGAACCUUGAAAUAUGAUUGCAGGAGUCCUGAUGAUAACAUCGAGCUUCAUGCUGAGAUACUGAAAAAUACAAGCAUGGAAGUGGCAGGUGACGAGAGAUCUCGUUUUCAACGCAAUAGGGAUGGAUGGGAAAACAGGCAGGUUCAAGAAAGAGAUUUGCGUAAAAUAUGCAGAUUUCAGCAUAUUGAAAAAUCAGCAGGAUGCGACUGGGUAGCAGCUCUUUCUGAUGUUGCUGAUAUGUUGACAAUGAAUUCAUCUGUCAUUCAUGAAAAUACUGAUGGGCAGGAUCAGAGAGCAGCAGAUCCAGGGACAGCCUCUUUUAUGUCAACUAUCAUGCAGUUCCCACUAGAUAAUGCCAAUAAAUUAGAUAUUGGAGAAUCUGGUGAUCCUAGUGGUUCUUGCAAACAAAAUGAAUUGGCAGAGCCAGUAACAGAUCAGACGCAGAAUAUCCUUUCUACUUGUCUACUAGACAAACUAGUAGUUAGAGAUUUAGGUUUGAAAAAGGAUGAUAAGGAGAACUGCAACCGGUCCAACCAUCAGCAGGUUAGUAUUCGACGGCGCUGUCUGGUGUUUGAGAAGUCACCUGGUUUUGGUUUGCACUUGAAUUCACUUCUCAACAUCACAAAAGAUCAGAGUCAUCUUAGUAAAUCAACUCCAAGCUCUAUGGACAGUGGUGGGGUUCCUGAUGACAAGAGAGCUGCGGUUACAGAAAAAUCUUCUGAGACACCUGCUACCUUUGGUGGAAAUGAAUUUGAUCAUAAUAGUCCUGAAAAGAAGAGGCAAAAGGUCGACCUUGUUGAGGAGAGUGCUGCAUGCAAGCGAUGUAAUUGUAAGAGAUCAAAAUGCUUGAAGCUUUAUUGUGACUGCUUUGCUGCUGGUCUAUACUGUAUUGAGCCUUGUGCAUGUCAAGAUUGCUUCAAUAAGUCAAUUCAUGAAAACGUGGUUUUAGAGACUCGCAGACAGAUUGAAUCUCGCAAUCCACUAGCGUUUGCUCCCAAAGUGGUUAGAAACACAGACGGUGUUUUGGAGUCCUUGGGUGAAACUAAUAAAACUCCAGCUUCAGCCAGGCAUAAAAGAGGAUGCAACUGUAAAAGAUCAAGUUGCUUAAAGAAAUACUGUGAAUGUUUUCAGGCUGGUGUUGGAUGCUCCCUCAGCUGUAGGUGUGAAGGUUGUAAAAAUAGUUUUGGUCGGAAGGAUGGAGGUUAUGAUUCUGAAUCUGAUGGGGACAAUUUAGAGGCCUGCGAAAGAAAUGUGUCAGAGAAAAACUCAGACAUUGUAAUCAGUAAAGGUCAAGAGAAUCCACAUCUUUCAGUGCUUUCCCCUGAUAUUUCCAGGCGGCCAUUUGCCUACACAGGGAAGCUUGCAACAUUUUUUCCCCAUUCCCUUAAAUCAUCCCUUCAGUUAUGCCCUACUCAAGAACAGGGUUCAUCAGAUUCUUCGUCAUGUCAACCCAAGUUCGAUUCAAAUCUCCAUGGAAUUCCAGAAAAUGGAACUCCAGAGCUUGCCAAACAUAAAGGCUUAACCCUCGUCUUAAAACCAUCAUCUCCCAACUGUAAAAGAGUUUCUUCAGCUCCAAAACAUCCUUGCACUUCAUCAUCCCCUGCAUGGCGUAGUAGGAAGUUGAUUCUAAGAUCCAUCCCUUCUUUUCCGUCACUUGCUCCGCCAUGAAAGCUCCAGACAUUUCAAUUUCUUCAUCAUGCUGGUUUCCAGUUUUCUCCAGCAAUUGAAUUUUGGAGGUAAGUAUCUUUCCACAUUUAGCAAUAAUGCAGACUUCCACUAGUGAAGUAGUUCAUUUAUUUGUUUGUAUCAUGCUUGUGUAUCUU